AUGGCUUCGGCUCCUCCUUGCACAGAUGACAAUGAGCCAUUAGAAGUCUUCAGUCCGGAUGACAAAGCGUUACAUAUCAACCCUCGAUUUGAGCCCGGUUCAUCCUGGAUUUUUGGGAACCGUGGUGAUGAACAGAUAGUGCUGAAUGCUUUAAUUAACAACAAGUGGGGGGUCGAAGAGCGUUACGCAAAUGUCUUUAAAGAAGGGUCUCCGUUUACGAUACGGAUUUUAGUGCUGACUGAGUAUUUCAAGGUCUUGAUUAUUACUCCGUCUAGGUACAUAUAA